AUGUGAACCGGACCCAACCCAAUGGGAUCGGUUUUCGGGCGGGUCGAUUUCCGGUGGUUUCCUUCCAAUAAACCGUUUUGUUCUUGUCCAAUUCUCGAAGAAGAAAUUAGCUGAAGGAUCUCUCCCUAGUUUCAUCUUCAUCGUAUCUUCUGAUUAUUGGAUUUAAUCACAAUCCAAGAAGGAGGGAGCCAUGUCCUUCAUGAAAGGAGACUUGCUAACUAAGACUAGAAAGCUCGUCAAGGGCUUGGCCAAAGCAGAACCUGUUUGGCUCAAAGCCAUGGAGCAGGCGCCACCUCCUUCAUUUCCCCGAGUAGAUGGAACAAUUAAGACAAUCACUCUUCCUGAGGAUGUAUAUGUAAAAAAGUUCUUCAAGAAACAUCCAGACUCAUAUUACCAUGAUGCCAUCAAGUUCUGUGGUUUUAAUCCUCCCCCAGCCCGAAUAUUUGCCUGGCGAGUGCUUGAACUGAAGGAACAAGGUGUCAAUGAGGAGGAAGCCAUGACAGUAGCCAACAUGGAAUACCGGGCAGAGAAAAAGAUGAAAAAGAAUGCGUACUCUCGCUUGAAGCAAAUUGCACGUCUUCAAGGGAAGAAACCUCCUCGUAACCCUUAUCCAAGUGCUAUAAAGGAGAUACAAGCCGAGGAAAGGAAAUUCGUCCGGGACCGUUUCUUCGAUCCCAAGAUUAAAGAGAUUGCACAAAGGUUGAAGGAGGAGAGAGCAGCUGAAAUGCAGGAAAGAACGGGAGGCGGCCGGUGAUGGAAUAUUCCAUUCUCCCAUCUCUGCUUCUGGAAACUAGCUUUUGCAAUAAUUUUGACAGUUCAGUAAUUGAGAAUAUUUUUAGAUUCAAGCGAACACCAUAUCUGAAGCAUUAGUUCAAGAACAUUUAAAAGAUUUUUCUUUUGAUGUUAUUCAAUUAUUCGAUGGCUGACCCUCUCAGAAGGUGGCAAUGCCAAUCGCCUUGAUAAAUGUUCGAUCAACUUUUAAUCAUAUUGAUCCAAUUCAAUAUUCAUCAGUUUUUUUCUA